AGGAAGUUGUUAAGUGUACUUCCGUAAAUCACAGUAUUUUAGUCAGGACUUAGAAGGAGAGCGAUUCAGAAUCGAGUGGUAAACAUGGAUGCGUGGAAGCUUAUUGCACGUGUUUCCAUUUUGCUCCUUCUACCAGCAUUGGCAGAGUCCGGCAAAAGGUACCUCAUCGUCUCACCAGCUGUAUAUAGAACUGGAAACAAUGUGGUCCUGUCUGCUACGUUGUUCGGUUUGGAGCAAAGAGCAAUCUUGGUUACAAAUAUAAAGUUAAACGAUGAAUUAAAGUUGUCGAAAAUUACAAUUUUCCAGCCCGAAGAUUCAGGCAAACCAAAGGACAUAAUUUUAAAGUUGCCUUCUGACGUAAAAGCUGGACAGUACAAACUGGUAGUGACAGGCUCUGGUGAUGUGAAUUUCAAGAAGAGUAGGGAUAUAACGAUUGAACGGAGUAGUGAGUCGUUGUUCAUCCAAACUGAUAAACCGGCCUACAAACCUGGUGAUAAAGUUCGGUUUCGUGUUAUCGUUGUGACGCCGCAAUUGAAACCAGCUGCUGGAAAGGUCGAUGAGAUUGCUAUCUUGAAUCCCAGUGGAAGCAGAAUUUUGCAAUGGAAAGAGAAAGAUUUAGAUGAAGGCUUUGUUAGCCUCGAUUUCAGCAUUUCAAAGAAACCUGUACUUGGGAAUUGGAAAAUAACAGCAAAGUAUCAGGGAAACAAGAAAGAGGUCAUCAUCAAAGUGGAUAAAUACGUUUUGCCAAAGUUCGAGGUUACGGUAGAAGAACCCACCUACCUUCAUCGUAGUAUCUCCAAAUUUUCAGCAAGAAUCUGUGCAAAGUAUACUUACGGCAAGAAAGUAGAAGGCAAGGUCACUACUAGAUUUUGCUACAAGUAUGGCUGGCGAAACAGUAGGCAAAAGCAGCAAUGUGUUGUCAUAAGUAAAAAGAUCAGUGGCUGUGUGGAUUUUGACGUAUCGAUGAUCCAGACACAAAAAUGGAAGACAGCUUUGCUUGUAAAUGCCUCAGUAACUGAAAGCUCAACGGGCACAACCUUGAAUGCCACAAAAGAGUUACAGCUCACGUACAGUGAAUUUUCUUUGAAAUUUUCUGGUGUUAGUGAGUUUAAGCCAGGUUUCCCAUUUAAAGGAAAGGUCUUGAUUACAUAUCCCGAUGGUAGACCAGCUCUCAACAAAGAAAUAAAUCUUAAAGCAACAUGCUGUCGUACAAAAACCCUAAUAAACACGAGACAGACAGCCGUAAAUGGUGUUAUAGAUUUCGUUUUAAUUCCACCCUUGGAUGCAGAAAAUAUACGCCUAGAGGCUAGUCACGUGUCAGAGACAAAACUUCUUUCGAGCUGGGAGAGAAUAACAUCCGUAUAUCACAAUGCGAAGUCGUGGUAUUCUCCGAGUAAAACAUACCUUGUUAUUGAGAAGCCAAAAGAGUCUCUUCGCGUUGGAGAACCAAGCAUGAUCAACGUGAAGUUUAAUCCAAAAAGUAUGUCUGACAACAUGUUGUACUUCAAGCUCGCGUGUCGUGGUAACAUCGAGCACAGUGGUUCAGUGGUGCAUCAAAAUACAGACAUGGAAAUCGCGAGUGCGCAGAUACCUUUGUUUGUGACGCAAACAAUGGUGCCAAAAUGUCGCAUGCUUGUCUUCUUUGUGAGGAGUGACGGAGAAUUUGUGUCUGACAGUAUCGUGUUGCCUGUUGAAGCAAAAUUCGAAAACGAGGUUAUGCUGAGCUUUUCAGAAAGUGAAGUAAAGCCAGCGAGUAAUGUCAGCAUAACACUGCAGGCAGCCCCUGGCUCCAGAUUUGCGCUAUCUGCAGUCGACAAAAGUGUGCAUCUCCUCGGGCAAAGCAAUGAUCUUAGGCCUAACAGUGUUAUGAACGUGGUUGAAAAGCUUGAUGUAACUGACAUUCGGAGCCUAUCAACAUGUGUUGGAACACACCCGUGGUAUUCGUUUAGGUUCCGCCCUCGCGGCGGCUCAAAAUAUGUCGACGGAACGAAGGCGUUCUCUGAUGCUGGUUUAAUAUACCUAUCAAACCUCAAUAUUGACACGAAACCAUGCCGCAGGUAUGGGAUUUACGCUUUUUCUCCGGGGCGACGAAGACGACGAAGAUUCAUAAGACCACAAGCACGAGACAGGCUAUUUGCCUCCCGUGGAAGGCAUCUUGCUCUUGAAAAGUCUGGGCAGGAAGUACAGGAAAUGAUGCCAGAUAAGGAAAUAAAGAGAAAAAAGACUAAACCAGUAGUAAAAGAAGAAAAGAAAGAUGUUAUUGUGAGGACUGAUUUUCCAGAAACAUGGAUAUGGGAAGAAACAAAAGUAGACUCGGUUACUGGAAAGAAGACAUUAGAGGUGAAAGUGCCAGACACGCUGACAACUUGGUACGCAAAUGCAUUCGCGAUGUCGUCACAACGUGGCGUCGGGGUGUCCACCACAGCGUCUUUGCUUGUUUUUCAACCGUUUUUCGUAUCGCUAACGUUGCCGUAUUCUUUGGUGCGGGGAGAAAGUGUCAAAGUCCCUGUCACAGUUUUCAAUUAUCUUGACAAGUGCCUGACGAUAAGGUUGUCUGUCGAGGCAUCAAACGAUUUUGUGACAGAUAUUUCAUCAUCAAAACUGUGCGUUUGUGGCAGUCAGUCGAACUCAUUACGAUUCAAAAUAACUCCAAAAAAGAUUGGCAGGAUUCCAAUUACUGUUAAAGCUAUAUCCACAAAUCAGAAUGUUUGUUCCAAAGAAAGAAAAAUGGCGGAUUCUGUCAACGCAGCGGAUGCUGUCAGAAGAAUGCUGCUUGUCGAGCCGGAAGGAGUCAAGAAAGAAUAUAAUCAUAAUUCAUUGAUAUGCCUUGCAGAAGGUGACAACGGCAAAUACAAGGAGUACUUCCAACUGACUCUUCCCGCACAAGUUGUUCCAGGAUCUGUUUUUGCCAAACUCUCUUUGUAUGGUGACUUAAUGGGGCCUUCGCUGACAGAUCUGGAUAAACUACUGGCUAUGCCUUAUGGGUGUGGCGAGCAGAACAUGCUCAAGUUUGCACCUAAUAUCUAUAUACUGCAGUACUUAACCAAAACGAAGCAGUCAAGUAAAGAAAUUGAAGAGCGUGCAAAAACAUUUAUGGUUGCAGGAUACCAACGUGAACUGACCUACAAGCGAUCGGAUGGUUCUUAUUCAGCCUUUGGUAGCCGGGACCGUGAGGGCAGUACAUGGCUAACAGCCUUUGUCUUAAAGUCAUAUGCACAAGCAAGACCAUACAUUUUCAUAGACGAAAAGGAAAUCACCAGCAGUAUGAGCUGGUUGUUAUCCUUGCAAAAAAUAGAUGGUUGUUUCAAAGAAGUUGGUAUGGUUAUACACAAAUCUAUGAAGGGAGGCGUGACCAGUGGAAUAAGCAUGACGGCAUUCGUUUUGUCAGCUUUGAUUGAAGCCGGUCUCAAUAUACAGAGCCGAGAAGCAGUAGAUGCAUUAAGCUGCAUUAAAAAAGGUCUUCCCCAGCUGACAGAUUCCUACUCCGUUAGCUUAAUUGCUUAUACAAUGACAGUUGCACAGGCCUCGCAGCGUGCUGCUGUGAUUGACAAGUUGAAGAAGCUGGCUGUAAAUCAAGGUGGAAUGACGCACUGGGAAUCUGAACAGCCAGGCCUUCGCCACCCGGCACCGAUUGAUAUCGAAACGACAGCUUAUGCGUUACUGGCGUACAUGACUGUCCCUCAACCUGAUGUCGCUAGCGCUGCACAGAUAGUCAGAUGGCUUGCAAAGCAAAGAAAUUCGUUAGGCGGCUUUGCUUCGACUCAAGAUACUUGCGUCGCACUGCAGGCGCUUGCCUUUUAUGGGGGCCAUAUCUAUAAAGGAGGCAUAAACCUCCUUUUCAAGUUUCACGCUUCGCAGCUGGAUCACGAGUUUAGAAUCACCGAUGACAAUAAAUUAGUGCUGCAACAGGUUGAGAUUCCAGAAGUCCCAACCAAAGUUGCAGUUAUUGCUGAAGGAACUGGCUGUGCUCUUCUCCAGGCCAAUGUUAAAUACAACAUUCCAGAUGUAAGCGAAGAGCCAAAGUUUUUUCUUUCCUUAUUAUCGGAACAAGUGGGGCCUAAUUGCAGACACAGGAUCAAGAUCUGUGCCAGUUACUAUGGUAAAGGAGGAAGUAACAUGGCAUUAAUUGAAGUUAAAAUGGUGUCAGGAUUUGAGCCAGUCAAUGAGCAUUUGGAUCAGAUACUUCAAUCGACGUCAAACAAUCUGCUGAAAGACUACGAAGUAGAGGAUGGCAAGCUCUCGCUGUAUUUUGAAAAGAUCGAGUCAAAAACAUGCCUCCCUGUGCUCGUUGAGCAAACUGUUGAUGUAACAGAAAGGAAAAAAGCUCAUGUCGUGAUUUACGACUAUUAUAGCACAGGAGAAAAUGCUUGGUCAAGUUAUUCGAUCGAUGCUUGCAAAGAAUGGAACUAACGAAGCGCCAAGGAGGAAGCGGAACUAUUCUUAGUUUACUGAUUUUGUUUCAGUUUUGCAGAAAGUGGAAGCAAUUUUUUAUCUGCUUUAGAUUUUUUAUAUAAACUUUGUUUUUAUAAACUUUAGUAUUUGCUUUGUAAAUUAACCGUUUUAACGUUGAAUAUCAAAUUCAGAAUGGGCAUAUUCAAAACUUUA